UGCGAUUUCCAUUCUCAGGGACCAGGGUUCCUUUCUUGCUUUCUCGUCAACGAAUUCUAUUGCGACUUUCUGCGCUCUUUGUUCGAUUCCGAUGGACGCAUUCACUUCUUUUUUCGAUUCGUCUUCCAGAAACCGCUGGAAUUACGAUACUCUCAAGAACUUCCGUCAGAUUUCUCCGGUCGUCCAGAGUCACAUUAAGCAGGUUUAUCUUGCUUUAUGCUGUGCUGUGGUUGCUGCCGCCGUUGGAGCUUACCUUCAUAUCCUGGGGAACAUCGGCGGUUUUCUGACAACAGUCGCAUCUCUGGGGAGCAUUGUUUGGUUGCUGUCCACACCUCCUUAUGAAGAGAAAAAGAGGGUUGCUUUGUUGAUGGCUUCCUCAUUGUUUCAGGGGGCCUCCAUUGGACCUUUGAUCGAUUUGGCUAUUGAAGUUGAUCCAAGCCUUAUCUUCACCGCCUUUGUGGGAACUUCAUUGGCCUUUGCUUCUUUCUCAGCGGCAGCUUUAGUGGCUAGGCGCAGAGAGUACCUCUAUCUUGGUGGUUUGCUUUCUUCUGGAUUGUCCAUUCUUAUGUGGUUGCACUUCGCUUCUUCCAUCUUUGGCGGUGCGGCUGCGGUCUUUAAGUUUGAGCUUUACUUUGGCCUUUUGGUAUUCGUGGGCUACAUUAUAUUUGACACCCAAGAAAUAAUUGAGAGGGCUCACUUUGGGGAUCUGGACUAUGUGAAGCAUGCCUUGACCCUCUUCACUGAUUUUGCUGCAAUCUUUGUCCGUAUUCUCAUAAUUGUGUUGAAGAAUUCAGCAGAGAAGAAUGAGAAGAAGAAAAAGAGGAGGGAUUGAAUGCUGACACGUGGAUUUGGUGGAGGUUACCCUUUACUUUUUUUGUGAUAUGCAGUUUCGGCUGUCUAAAAACUCUACCAACUUCUGGAACCUGUACAUUGUGAAUUUAGUUGUUUCCCCGCCAUGUAUUCGUGGGACUUGCCAUGAUUUCAUCCAAAUAUUUUCGGUUUCAGCUUUCAUAAUACCACCAUAUCUUGUUUUAAUGUAGAAUUAGAAUAUAAAGCCUUUAUAUUUCUACUUU